GCGGAGGGAGGGGUGCAAAGUACGGAAUACAGGACCUUCAUGCAGCAACCAUCUGGAAACAUGGAUGACAGCGGAUUCUUCUCUAUUCAGGUUAUAAAAAAAUGAAAAAAUAUAAAAAAUUAGAAUUGAUCCUGUUCAACAGUCCAAAUAUCAGACCCCCUCGGCAUCGACCCCAUAAAAAAAACGAGCCCCCCCACCCCCAAUUAUAAAAAACACUGGUUUACUGUACGGAAAACUAGGCAAACAGUGGUUUAACUUGAAUUCCUUGUUGACGGCUCCGGAACUCAUAUCAGACACGUACCUUGCACUAUUCUUGGCUCAGCUCCAACAGGAAGGUUACUCCAUUUUUGUAGUGAAGGGGGACCUUCCAGAUUGUGAGGCAGACCAGCUCCUGCAGAUGAUUCAAGUUCAGCAGAUGCAGCGGCCGAGGCUCAUUGGAGAGGACCUGGCUGUCCGAAACCAAAGAGUGCAGAGAAGUGAUGAAGGGACCAGGUUGUACGAUGGCUCCACCACCAUGAUGGAUGAGGAUGAAGAGAACCUACAGAAGGCCCUUGCUUUAAGCAGACAACAGAUAGACAUGGAAGACGAGGAAGCGGAUCUCCGCAGGGCCAUCCAGCUCAGUAUGCACGGAGGACCUCGCCAGAACGUCACGGAAUUGGCUUCCUCUAGCCAGCCGCAGACGUCGGAGAUCUGCAGACAGGAAUCACUGACACAAGAGGAGCUUCGUCAGAGGAGACAGAUGUACUUUGAGAAGCAGCAACAGUCAAAGCCGGAACUCCAAGAAUCUGCAGAGAGAAACUCCACAACCGACUCCACAAACACUAACCAAGACCCCGCAAUGAAUGAUGAAGCCAUGCUCCGAGCCGCCAUGAAAAUGUCCUUGGAUACAGGUGGGACAGGGCCGAGUCCCCAGGAAAAAUGA